AUGCUCGAUGAGGGGACGUGGACGCCCGUUUUCGGAGCCCACUUGGGGGCUGUAAAUUGCAUUUUCUCCCCUGAGGCUGUUGUUCAGCACACGGCAUUGCCCGUUGCCGUGACUGCCGAGUACCUCCGACCUACAGGAGACUUGUGCGGGCCCUUCCUCAUGCUCGAGGAGGCUGAUUUUCAUUCUGCCCAGGUCCUUUCUCACAACUUGUGCACAGUGUUAAACGUGCCCCAUGAUCCAGUGGCCUUGGAGGAGCACUUUAGGGAUGAUGACGAAGGACCAGUUUCCAAUCAGGGUUACAUGCCUUAUCUGAACAAAUUCAUCUUGGAAAAGGUUCAAGGAAACUUUGACAAAGUUGAAUUCAACAGGAUGUGCUGGACUCUCUGUGCUAAAAAGAAUCUCUCUAAAAGUCCUUUGCUGAUUAGUGAUGAAGAUGCAUUUAAAGUGUGGGUUAUUUUUAACUUCUUAUCAGAGGACAAAUACCCUUUAAUCAUUGUACCUGAAGAGAUUGAAUAUUUACUUAAAAAACUCACAGAAGCAAUGGGAGCAGGCUGGCAGCAAGAGCAGUUUGACCAUUAUAAGGUUGCUCUCAACACCAGUCGAGAAGGUCUCUCUGCGUGGGAGCUGAUUGAUCUCAUCGGAAGCGGGCAGUUCAGUAAAGGGAUGGACCGACAAACGGUGUCCAUGGCAAUCAAUGAAGUCUUCAAUGAGCUCAUAUUAGAUGUACUCAAACAGGGCUAUAUGCUGAAAAAAGGUCAUAAAAGGAAAAACUGGACGGAACGAUGGUUUGUGCUAAAACCCAAUAUUAUUUCCUACUAUGUAAGUGAAGAUUUAAAGGACAAGAAGGGAGACAUCAUACUGGAUGGCAACUGUUGUGUAGAGGCCUUGCCUGACAAAGAUGGAAAGAAAUGCCUUUUUCUCAUAAAAUGUCUUGAUAAAAGCUUUGAGAUCAGUGCCUCUGAUAAAAAGAAGAAGCAGGAGUGGAUUCAAGCCAUACAGACCACUGUAAACCUGCUAAGAGCAGGGAGCCCUCCACCCCACAAAGAAGCACGCCAGAAACGAAAAGAACUGCGCCAGAAGCUGUUAGCUGAGCAAGAAGAGCUGGAGCGGCAGAUGAAGGAGCUGCAAACGGCCAACGAGACCAAGCAGAAGGAGCUGGAGACCGUGCGAAAGCAACUGGAAGCAGCAGCUGCUCGUGCUGCUGAGGAAGAGAAGAAAAGACUUCAGACUCAAGUCGAAUUACAAGAUCGCUUCAGUUUGGAGCUGGAGAGAGAAAAAAUGGUAAGACAGAAAAUGGAAGAGCAGGUUGCUCAGAAAUCCUCUGAACUGGAACAGUAUUUACAGAGAGUACGUGAACUGGAAGAAAUGUAUAAGCAGCUACAGGAAGCUUUGGAAGAUGAGAAACAGGCACGUCAGGAUGAGGAGACUGUAAGGAAACUUCAAGCCAGAUUACUGGAAGAGGAGUCAGCAAAGAGAGCUGAACUGGAAAAAUGGCACUUGCAGCAGCAACAGACCAUUCAGAUGACAGAAGCAGAGAAGCAAGAGCUGGAAAACCAGAGGAUGAUAAAGGAACAGGCUCUUCAAGUUGCUAUGCAGCAACUGGAACAACUUGAACUGGAAAGGAAGGAGGCCCUUGAGCAGUAUGAGGAGGUUAAGAAGAAGUUGGAAACGGCAGCUAAUAACACCAAGAGCUGGAAAGAUAAAGUCGCUCAUCAUGAGGGAUUAAUUCGACUAAUAGAGCCAGGCUCCAAGAAUCCUCACUUAAUCACAAACUGGGGCCCGGCCGCCUUCACUGAAGCCGAACUCGAGGAAAGGCAAAAGAGCUGGAAAGGGAAAAAAGCCACUUCUGAGUAACACCGGUAGCGGACGUUGUUUGUGAAUAGAAGCCCACC